AUGCGAACUAAAUUUCGUCCAUGCAUUGAUCUCCAUAAUGGAAAGGUUAAACAGUUGGUUGGAGGAAGUGUGAGCGAGAAUUCUCCAAAGACAUUAAGGACGAACUUUAUAUCAAACGAACCAGCAGGAUAUUAUGCAAAACUGUAUAAAGAUAAUAAUUUGAGAGGAGCCCAUAUAAUAAAGAUUGGCCCGGGAAAUGAUGAAGCCGCUAAAGAGGCAUUGAGUAGUUGGCCAGGUGGACUACAGAUCGGCGGUGGAAUAACUCUCGACAAUGCACUGGAAUGGAUCAAUCUUGAUGCCAAGUUCUCUCUUGAUCGUCUAAAAGCACUUUCAGAUGAAGUAGGAAAAGAUAGAUUAAUUGUCGAUAUAAGCUGUCGUAAAAAGGACGCCAAAUGGUUUGUUGCAAUGAACAAGUGGCAGACCAUCACUGACAUGGAAGUUAAUAAAGGUAAGCAAUAUCAAGUUGGGGAGCGAGGAAAGGACAUUGGGGAGAUCGAUCUGGCUUAUGGCGCUGAUGUCGAGGGCUUAUGUCAGGGGAUUGAUAAAGAACUUGUUGAACGGCUUGCUGAGUGGACAACGAUUCCGACGACGUACGCUGGUGGAGCAAAUUCAAUAAAAGAUCUUGAAUUGGUCAAUGCACUGUCGAACGGAAAGGUCGAUUUAACGUUCGGAAGUGCGCUCGAUAUCUUUGGAGGAACGCCGGUCAAAUUUACAGAUUGUGUUGCAUGGAAUAAUCAAGAGUGA